AUGUAUUUACACCAUGACCAUGUUACUGUGGGCCGCCUAGAGCUCUGCGAACGUCUCUGCAACCAACUCAACAUCCAGCGGACUAUCUCUACAGCGUCCCGUCCACAGACGGAUGGUCAAACGGAAAGAGUCCAGCGGACCUUCGAGCAAAUGGUUCGCAGAAAUAUUCAACCAGAUGAGUACGAAUGGGAACGACUUCUCCCGGCGCUGGAGCUGGCAUGCAAUACCAGUAGCCAUUCUUCAACCAAACUCAGCCCCUUUGAGGUCAUGAUAAGGGAAAACCCUAUUCCAGCGGCGGAACUGAACAUCAUGGGAGAUCCCGCUCCGGCCGUCAUACCACCGAUGUGCAAGCUUUUCAGGCGCCUCUUCGAUCGGGCCGAAGGCUACAUUCUCAAAGCUAGCUGGGAGCAGAAAGCCUGUGCGAACACGCAUAGAAGGGAUGCGGAGUUCCAGCCAGCUGAUCCCAGACAGGUCUCGGGAUUCGGCGAUGCUUUUGACUGCCAGAAUGUAUUUCAUGUUUUUCAGCUGAUCCCAGACAGGUCUCGGGAUUCGGCGAUGAAGUCUCGUGAUACAGUAGUUGGUCGGCUACCUGCUCGUGAUAUCCAUGAGAAUUUCACUCGCUGCUACGAAACGGGCGCUAAGCUCCGCAGUAGAACGCAUGUACGCUCCAUCUUUGCAAAGGGGGCACAACUGCUUUUAUUUGAAAAUAAAGACUUCUUAAGCGCGAGCGGCAACAACAACCGCGGCGACCGGUACAUAGAAAUGUCAGGAGAUAGUCUCUCCCCUGCAUCGUCCCCCCCACCGGAAAAGGCAGACUUGAAAGAUGAAACUCCAGGAGAAGCAACUCAUGAACAACCUUCUAGCUCUUCGUGGUGGUCUUUCGGGCUAGUUUCCGCUGCUGCAGCAGCCGCCGCUGCAGUAACAGGCGGGGGUGCUACCAAUGCAGGUACAUCUCCUGAUGAAGCUUCGGGAGACGAUGUCCCGGCAGCAGAAGGAGCGCCAGAAUCGGAGGGGGAAGCUGUAGAAGCAGCAGAAGAGGAUGAGGGUGGCGCGACUGUGCGGUUUCACCCGGAAGCAACAGAGGGGGGUAAGGGGACGGGGCGGCGACGGCGAGUGCAGGAAGACGCAGUUGCCAACAUGGGUUUUGUGGAGUUAGUUGAGAAUCUGUUGCUGACGCAUGACAGCAGCAACAGAAGGGGCUUUAGAAGCAGCAGCCUAGGGAGUAUCGUGACUGAAGUCAGUAGUGAGCCGGACAGCGAUGCCGACUCGGGAUAUCUUCGUGAGGAGCAGGAGGACGAGGAACCGGAAAGCUGGGAGUGGGAGGCGGAGGAGAUUUCUGCUUUUGCCUCACAAAUCCACGCGAAGAUGUGCCAGCAGUUGGAACAGGAGGCUGCAUUUGUGGAAAUGGGUUUCAAACGGGGUAUUGCCCUCAUGACAGGGGCUCUGGCCAUUGAAGAUGAUACCAAGAUGCUGCUGCACGAGGGCCGUCUUGCCGGAUUGGGUUUGACGCCUUUAGAUGAUGAGACGGAUGCAGACAUGCAGAAGAUAGACCUUGGCAUGCUGCUGACCCUCACCCCAGAGAAUUACGGAGGCCGCUUAUUGGGCCCAAGUGGCGUUUCGGAUCGACUGAGAUCGCCUCUGUUUAAAAUGCACCGGGAAUUAACGCGACUGGGAAGCACCAGCAGCGAGGACUCUAUCUCCGAGUCGGAGACCGACCACAGCAGUAGCAACAACAGCAGCAGUGGUAACACAGUAGAGGCUACCAAAACUACCGUCUAA